AUGGCGGCGGCCGGGGGCGCGGCGAGCCGCAGGGGCCCCGGACGGCCCUGCCCCUUCUCCAUCGAGCACAUCCUCUCCAGCCUGCCCGAGCGGAGCCCCCCGGCCCGAGGCGCCCGCCUGCCGCAGCCCGCCGGCCGCCAGAGCCCCGCGGAGCCGGGGGAGCCCGGCGCACCCGAGGCUGCGCCCUGCGCCUGCUGCUGCUGCUGCGGCCCCCGCGCCGCGCUCCGCGGGCCCCCGGAGGCGGCCGCCGGGCUGGGCGCGCGGCUGCCGUGGCCGCUGAGGCUGGGGCCCGCGGCGCACGCGGCUUUGGCCGCGCCGGCCGGAGGCUCCGCGGCGCUGCCCGGCGCGGUCGGCCCGGGCCCGCAGCGGCGCACGCGGCGCCACCGCACCAUCUUCAGCGAGGAGCAGCUGCAGGCGCUCGAGGCGCUCUUCGUGCAGAACCAGUACCCCGACGUGGGCACGCGCGAGCGCCUGGCCGGCCGCAUCCGCCUGCGCGAGGAGCGUGUGGAGGUCUGGUUCAAGAACCGCCGUGCCAAGUGGCGACACCAGAAGCGUGAGUCAGCGUCCGCACGGCUCCUACCCGGAGCCAAGAAGCCCCCCAAGGAGAGCUGCUGA